UCUCAUCUUCUCUAUCCGACUAAUAUUCUACCAUUAAUCUGUGCCAUAAUUUUCUUCAAAUACAAGCAUUUUUAUAAUGAAAAUCUGAUAAUUUCAUUCUGUUUUAAUGUCUUCCCAAGGCCCUGGCACAAGCUGAAGGUCUGGUUUGGAUCAUUUCCUUCCAUGGCGGAUUUAGCACAAAUUCCAACAGAGAUUUUUAAAAAGAAGAAGGUUGGUGGACAACAAAAGAAAGAGGAACUUGAAAGAGAGGUUUCCGAGCUUCACAAAAUGCUGGCUCAUGAACAAAAGGUGCACGAAUUUCUCCAAGAACUUCAAAAUCGACAAGAUGGUUCUUCUAUCACAAUCCCAAACUACCUUCCACCAAAAAUGAAAGAGCUACUGACUGAGCUAGAUAUGGUUGAAAAUGAGAUAGUGCGAUUGGAAAGCCAAAUCAGUCUUCUUCAGUCCGAGGUGAAAAACGAAAAGGAACUAAAUUCCAUGCAAUGGCAGUUGCGUGAAAAUCCAAAAGAUAACAAUGGAAACACGAGCAGACGUCGUUCCAAUGAGAAAACCAUGUUUGAGGCUAAGGGGCUGCAUUUUAUUAGCAAGGCUAUAAAAGGCGAUUAUAAUCUCAGCGAAUUCAGAAAAAACGAGAAAGGGAAAAAUCCGAAAGGAUUAUCCGAUCACAAGGAAAAUAAUUUUAACGAUGAAAUUGGAAUACUAUGUGACAAGGUUUCGAAGAGAAGUGGGAUGCUUAAACCUGCCUCGCCAUUUAGAAACAUAAGGCAUCCAACUCCAACUCCCAGGAGAGACCGUAACCUUGACAUCCCUGCAGAUAUCCUACAAAAUGUCAUGUCUACUCCAAUUCAUUCUGAAGAACAAAGCAUUCACAAGUGCUCACCUAACAAGUUAUCUGAGAACAUCAUGAAGUGUUUGAUCUUUAUUUUUGUAAGGCUACAUCGAACAUCAAGAACAAUGGAAUUAGAGAAAUCAGGGCCGAUAGCCCGUUCUAUGAACUUCUCUCAAAGUUUUCGUGCGGAGACGAGCUUAAACUCGAAAACAAGCUUCAUGUUUCAGAAAGACUCGAGACAGCAAGAUCCCUAUGGCAUUUUUUAUUCUGAAGAAUCUAUAGCAAGGGAUAUUGGGCCCUAUAAAAACUUGGUUAGAUUCACAUCAAGCUCUAUGGAUCCCAAAUGCAUACAAGAUUCGAGCUCAGUUCCUUUAUUUCAGAAGUUAAAGGGUUUGAUGAAUACUCUUCAGAAGGUAGACUUAAGAUUCUUGAGUCAUGAACAGAAGCUGGCUUUCUGGAUCAACAUGUACAAUGCUUCUGUCAUGCAUGGGUUCCUCCAAUAUGGGAUUCCCACCAGUGCUACACCUGGAAAACUGCUAAAGCUUAUCAACAAGGCAACUCUGACUAUUGCUGGUAAUGUAAUAAAUGCUCAAGCAAUUGAACAUUUUAUCCUGAGAAAACUUGAGCCAUCACUGCUUAAACAGAUUACUGGGAAGGGAGAAAAAGAUAUCAAAGAAGCUAUAGUUGGUGAGCUUUAUGGACUUCAGUCACCAGAUCCAAAUGUCAUCUUUGCCUUGUGCUGCGGAACACGUUCUUCACCAGCAGUAAAAAUAUAUACAGCAGAGGGUGUCAUAGGUGAAUUGGAAAGAUCAAAGCUGGAGUACCUGCAAGCUUCAAUAAUGGUGACAAGCAAAAAAAGAAUAGCACUUCCUGAGCUUCUACUUGGGAACAUGCUGGAUUUCGCCAGAGAUGUCGACUCGUUGAUGGAAUGGGUGUGCGAGCAGCUACCUACAUCUGGAUCUUUGAGGAAAUCGAUUAUGGAUUGUUUUCGGGGACUUCGUGGUGGAAAAGCAUCUUCCAUUGUUGAGAAGAUACCUUAUGAAUAUGAGUUCCAAUACUUGUUGACCAUGUCAAGUUAAGACUACAAUUUUGUUGCAACAUUUAUAUAGCAUAAGUGUCCAAGGGGAAAAAAUAGUGAUUUGCCAUGUAGGCAUAGACUGAUCAUAUAAUCAUGAUGACGAUCAUGAAUUGCAUUCAAAAACAACUAUCUUAUGAAGAAAUCUUGUGAACAUAAAGAGGUAAAUUCAGAAGCAAAUGAAAGAAAAAAAAAAAGGUAUUAAAACAGGAGGGUAUGAUUUUCUUAUGAGUAAUUAAUUUGUGAUGUGUUAGAAUAUUUUAUGUGUACUGCUAAAUUUGAGAGUGGCCCAAAUUCAUUGUUAAAGAUAAUUGAGAGUUAUUAAAGCAUACAUUAAGAGGAAUUCUAUUUGGAAUGUUUUUGGAAUCCUAUUAGAAUUCUAUUUGACAAAUUCUAGUUAAAGUUUUAUUUAGAAGCACUAUUGGGAGUUGAAAUUUGUGUUAGAUUUGAAGAGAUCGAGAUAAGGAAACUUUUGAGUAUUCUAUUUUAUCUAGGGUUUGAAUUAUGUCUUAUAUAUAGUUGGCUCUUCAUUAUGAUUUGUAAGAAGUUAGAAAGAUU